AUGGAAGUAACGUUCGAGAAGAUGUUGCCCAUCUUCCGCAAAGCAGCGAAUACACCGGAACAGAUCUCACGGGAAGAAAAGAACGUCUUGCAAUAUAGACCCUCACCACAGCAGGAAGAUGCCAUCGUCAAAGCACGCACAAGUAGUGAAUCGUUUGAGGACUUGGUCAGGAAAUGCUUGGUUGACGGUGGAGUAUCGACGUUGACGGACGACGAAUUGAAGAUCCUCUCAGAAGGUGUGCAGCCAACUCUGUUAUCUACAGCGGAUGCCAUGAUCGAGAUACAAGAAAAGCAAACUGCCAAAGUGCAGGCCUUGAUCGAACAAGCUUACAGGAACAUCACCGAUCUUGACGAGAAUGAAGCAUCAUUUGCUGCUACAAAAGAAAUAACCCGCCGUGCAAGGGUAGCUCGCGCCGAGAGAUUCGCGCAACGAGCAUCACAACCGCGACGUACACUCGAGCAGUCGAUCAGGACANGGAGGGGUGCCAAAGAUAAUUCGUAUCCAAACAGUGCUAUCAGACGGGCUUCUGGAGCGAUUCAAAGAUAUGCACUCGAAUCUCAAACAACCGAUGUCCAGAAUCUCCCUCACGAUGGCAUCUGGGGCUUCGUAUGCCUCAGGACAAGCUACGACGAUGAUGCGACUUGGCAUAUAUUCAAACAGCGGCUUGACUCGAAAAUCCAGCAAGAAUUAAAGAGGCUUCUCAUCCCAGAAGCCAUACGGAGAAGCUUUAGAUUUGUCUAUCUCGAGAACAAAACAGUACUUUCCGGCGGACUGGAACAGACCAGGCUCACUACGUUCUUCAAUCGUAUCAAGAAUGAUGACGCGACUGUACCUCGCGGCAUCGAUCGCACGUUCUUCAUAUCAGUCGAUGAUGCCGUCUUGCGUGCUUCCGUCAAUGCUGAUGAUCCACUCAUUAUCUUGCACGAUGCUGAUGCUGGGCCUGCGACUGCUACUCAGCAUUUCCCAGGCUAUUCUGGAGUCACGUUCGCACAAUUUAUCACGCUAACCAUUCCUGGGAUUGAGAGCAAUCGCAACCAUUUGAGAUCUUUGCACUCACUGACGUAUCGCUAG